AUGGCGAUGUCAUCCGCGGGCGGUGAGCCAUCCCGCCUCCAGGCCACCGCGACAGCUCCAGGCCAUAGCUACCGACAUACUGGGGCUGCAUUUGGCCCAAUCACCGCAUCCAUGGCUUCUCUUUUCUUCUCCGCACCGGUUGAUAUCGAUGUCGUCCUCGAGGACCUCGAUGAGCGCCAGACCGUCGAUGUCAAGCUCGAUAAGGGCCGUCGCGAGCGGGUCCCGCUGUACAUGGACGGAGAGUCCGUGAAGGGUGCCGUGACAAUUCGACCCAAAGAUGGCAAGCGACUCGAGCACACCGGUAUUAAGGUGCAGUUCAUCGGCACAAUUGAGAUGUUCUACGACCGAGGCAACCAUUAUGAAUUCCUGUCCCUUGUUCAAGAGCUUGCUGCUCCUGGCGAGCUCCUCCACCCGCAGAGUUUCCCAUUCAACUUCAAAAGUAUCGAGAAGCAGUACGAGUCUUACAACGGCAUCAAUGUCAAGCUGCGCUACUUCGUUCGGGUGACGGUCUCACGCCGCAUGGCCGACGUCGUCCGCGAGAAGGAUCUCUGGGUGUACUCAUACCGCAUGCCGCCAGAGAACAACAGCCCCAUCAAAAUGGACGUUGGUAUCGAGGACUGCCUUCACAUCGAGUUUGAGUACUCCAAGUCCAAGUACCAUCUCAAGGAUGUGAUUGUUGGCCGCAUCUAUUUCCUGCUGGUGCGGCUGAAAAUCAAACACAUGGAACUGUCUAUCAUCCGCCGAGAGACGACCGGUUCCCCGCCAAACCAAUACAAUGAGAGUGAGACGUUGGUGCGCUUUGAGAUUAUGGACGGUUCACCAUCGAGAGGUGAAACCAUUCCAAUCCGCCUGUUCCUUGGUGGAUUCGACCUGACCCCAACCUUCCGUGAUGUGAACAAGAAAUACUCGACGAGAUAUUACCUCAGCCUGGUGCUGAUCGAUGAAGAUGCUCGUCGUUACUUCAAGCAGUCCGAGAUUGUGCUCUACCGCCAAGCCCCCGAGAUCGCCCCGAACGCCCAAAUCGCACAGCAACAGCAGAUUCAGCAACAGAUGCUUCUUGAGCAACAGCGCCAGCAGCCUGCCCUGCCCCCAGGCUCUGCUACCGCCGGACCUGGAAGGGAAUCCGCGCCUCUUCGCCAGGAGCCUCAGCCUGUUGCUCCGCCCGCCGCAUAG